AUGCCUCGCAUUGACAACGAUAUCAAAUUAGACUUUAAAGAUGUCUUAUUUAGACCGAAAAGAAGCACCUUGAAGAGCCGAUCAGAGGUUGAGCUAGUACGUAAACUUCAAUUCAGGAAUUCCGGCAAUUCUUAUGAAGGAAUUCCAAUUAUCGCUGCUAAUAUGGAUACGACUGGUACCUUCGAAGUAGCUGAAGCCCUGGCCAUGCAUAAAAUGUUUACCGCUAUCCAUAAACAUUAUUCCCUUCAACAAUGGCAAGACUUUGCAAAUGACCAUAAAGAUGUACUGCAGUAUGUAGCCGUCAGUUCUGGUGCUAGCAAAGACGAUAUGGAUCGUCUGGAUGCCAUUCUAAGUGCUGUACCUGCGCUGAAUACAAUCUGUCUUGAUGUUGCUAAUGGUUACUCGGAAUUAUUUGUUGAAUGUGUACGAAAUGUUAGAAAGAAAUAUCCGAAUCACACUGUCAUUGCCGGUAAUGUUGUAACGGGUGAAAUGGUUGAGGAACUAAUUCUGAGUGGUGCCGAUAUAAUCAAAGUUGGUAUAGGCCCUGGUUCUGUAUGUACUACCCGUAAAAAGACUGGGGUUGGCUAUCCGCAAAUCAGUGCCGUAUUGGAGUGUGCUGAUGCUGCACAUGGUUUAGGUGGUCAUAUCAUAUCUGAUGGUGGGUGUACCUGUCCAGGAGAUGUUGCCAAAGCAUUCGGAGCUGGAGCUGAUUUUGUUAUGCUUGGUGGAAUGUUUGCUGGACAUGAUCAGUCUGGCGGAGAAUUGAUUGAAACGAAUGGGAAAAAAGUGAAACUGUUUUAUGGAAUGAGCUCUGCUGUAGCAAUGCACAAGUAUGUCGGGAAAGUCGCCGAGUAUAGAGCAUCGGAGGGGAAGUGUGUAGAGAUACCUUACCGAGGAGACAUAAAUGACACGGUUCUAGAUGUCCUUGGCGGCGUACGCUCGACAUGCACCUACGUUGGAGCUUCAAAGCUAAAAGAACUUAGCAAAAGAACUACAUUUAUACGUGUAACACAACAGCUCAAUGAGAUAUUUAAACAGAACGAAAAGUAAUACCGACAGCAACAGUUACAGUCCAUGAUUACCAUAUAUUAAAAGUAAUUAGCGUAGUAUAACAUUAUAAUUUGUUAUACAUUAACCUGAAGCUGAUUAUUAUCUUACGUGACUGAUUUCUUUCUGUCCUUGCAUGUAACUGACGCAUAUCAGAUCAAUAAUGCUGUAGUCGG